CCUCCUGCGGCGGUGUGCGGCCCAGACGUGCGGCUCCACCUGCUGGCUGCGUGCGGUGCGCGGCGAGACCGCCCAGCGGGACCGCCUCCCGGGCGCCGACCGUCGCGGCAGUCGCGCCCUCGGCCAGCCGUGCGAGGCCGGCUCUGGCCACGAGUGUUCUUUCUGGCUCGGCGCUUCCGCCGGCCCUCAGAGCGUCCUUCUGCGCGGGAAGGGGGCGUUGGAGGAGGAGGAUAGGAAGACGCCGAGUGGGCGGCGACGAUGGAGGCAGGCGCCCAGGCCCCGGACUGGGACAGUGAUGAGACUGUGGUCGCGGGGUCGGUGACGGAGAGCGACCCGGAGGAAGAGGAGCUGCCCUGGAGACGGUUGCUCUUUGAUCAAGACACACAUCUUACAUCUGAGUUCAGUUUCCAUCCUGGUAUAAGUGGAACGUGCAAAGGCACACCUUCUCCGGAGAUUCACCUUGGGUUCAAACUCGGAGAGGAUCCACAAGAGCAAAUGAGUACAAAUAAGACGAUGCCUGUUCUUAGUGAGGAUGCAGUCUUGCAGAAACCUCAAGAUGAAAUGGAAAAAAAUCGAACUCUGUUACUGGCUAGCAAAGGUUGUCCAAUGUUCCCUGUGUCAUUUCCCAACGCUGAACUUUCACUGAAGCACCAAAACAUUCAAGGGCCUGAGGCUGAAAAUCCGGAAGUUUUGCCACAUCCAGAAAAGGAACUAAGUGCAGACAGAGACUCUCCUGAAAUUAGCCUUCUCUCAGACACUGCUGUUAAAGUAUCUGAUACGGUUACUAUAAAGGAGAAAUCGUUACUAAAACCAGAGAAGAUCUUAGCAGCACCAAAUACAUUUUCUGAGCCUGGAAAAGAGGUCACGUUGACCAUGACUUCCGAAGAUACCAAAGAUGAAGAAAGCUCUCUUGAAACUUUUGUGUCUGCCUUGGAAAAGUUACUGACAUCACCAGAAGUCACCCAGGAGGAAAGAUUGUUUGAAAUAAGUGAUCUUGAACCUAGAGAGUUGAUGAACCCAUUGAGCAACUCCUCAAGUUCCAUGUCAGUCCCUUUGACAUGUCACAGAGACUUACUAGAAAACACAAAGGAUGAUGCCUUGCCACCGGAGUUGUUAGCAGCCCUAAACACAUUGUCAGAAACCAAGGUGGGACCCAUCUGUCACAGAGAGGAGGGAGACAGCAGUCUCAGUGCUGGAAUUCAGUGUUUAGGCAUGGAACCCAAUAUGUCUCAGACUGAUGAAGAUUGUACACAAAUAGCAGAGGGGAAUUUUGAGUCUGUUUGUUCUACUGCACCUUUUGAACAAGAUUCCAAGUUAGCUGAGCCAGAGGACAAGCGUCUUUCAGUGCAGCAAGUACGUCCAAGUACUAUAGAAGACCCAGAUCCAUUUGCAUUGGAAACUUUGGCUCAUCAAAAUGUCACCUCUUGUGAUCCACUAAAUAAUAAAGGAAAUUCAAAUCCAGUGGAAAAUAGCCCUGACCAGGACUCUCCAUGUGUGUUGAGGAGAUCGUCCAGACUAAAAGUGGGCAGAGAUGGUGCAAAGUGCACAGAUGGCAUGUCUAAGAUGCCAGAAUGGAUUUUACCAAAAAUACUUGGCUCUGAGGAUCAAACAAAUAAUAACUCUUCAACUGAGAAUUUCAGAAUGCAGAAGCCUGCUUUAAUGAUUGAAGGUAAAAGGAAGAAUAUGCAUUCAUCCAGACUCAAGAGUAGAGAACAGAUCAGGAAAAACAAAAAACUUGCAGGAAAAAAAGAAAAAAUGAAGAUGAAUAAACUAUCUCGUUCUAGCAUUAACCGAAGAAACGUUUUUGGAGAGAACUUGCUGUAUAAGGCUGCUCUGCAUAAUGAUGCUGAUCUUGUUCAUUACUGUAUAAAAAAAGGUGGAAAUGUUAAUCAACCAAGUUAUGCUGGUUGGACAGCACUUCAUGAAGCUAGUGUGGGAGGGUUAUAUCAAAUAGCAAGUGAACUCUUGAAAGGUGGAGCAGAUGUGAAUAUCAAAGGCAUGUACCAGAUCACUCCCCUACAUGAUGCUGUGAUGAACGGACAUUAUAAGGUGGCAGAGUUACUUCUUUUGAAUGGAGCUGAUCCAUUAUUUAGAAGUGACAGCGGAAAGUGUGCUUUGGAUGAAGCCAAAGAUUCACAUAUGCAGCGUCUCCUUGAGAGAUACAUUCCCAAACAUCAAAAACAUCUUAUAUCAGCUCACAAGGAUAGCAGUGACACAUUAGAUGUAGAGGAUGUACACCAGCACAAGAAACCGAAACUCAAUUCCAAAAAUUGUGUUGGGUUUGGUUGUGAUGAAAAUUCCAACAGACAGAAGCCAGAACAUGUAAAAGUUGAUGAAAGAAGCAAAGAAGUUUUGUUUGUAAAUAAAGAAGAUGUAUAUGAACAUUACCAAAAAGAUUCCAAAAGCACGAAAUUUGGUAAAUCCAAGAAUAAGCAAUCAACUGUUAACCAAAUGUACUCUACAGGACUUAGAAAGGACAAUCUCCAUAAUGUCACAGCUCCCAGCACAAAUGUGUCUAAAGAUAAAGGAGGAAGAAACACACGACACAAAAGGACUCAAGUGGAUGAUGCAAUCCAAGAAAGCAAUCCAAGAAAGACAGUAGCUGUCUCUUCUUCCAGAAGAAUAAACAAAUUGGUUGCUCAGCAGCAGCAUAUUCUCCAAACCCUUGAUGACCUUCCAGAAGAGUCAUGUAAACUUUCCAGCCCAGCUCUGUCAAGCCUGAAAAGUGGAUUAGGUAGCAAUAUCGAGGCUUGUUCAGUUUCCAAAGAGACACAUUCCCAGAGCCUGGAUUUAUCAGGUAAUCAAGAAAUCAAAUUCUUUGAAUUAGAAUCCAUUGACCAAGCUGAAGCUGUUUCUUCCUCAGAUUUUUCUUUACAUAAAGAAAUCAAGUUACCACUCGUUACUGCAGAUCAGCCAUAUACUCACCAAGAACAACAGUGCGUUAGCCCUUAUAAAUCUCCUGAAAACAGUAACUCAGGUCAAAAAGAUGAGACCCUUAAUAAGUGGGAAAAUUCUUUCCUAUCUUUUGUAAAGAGAAGUUUUAAUAAUGAUGAUGAUGAUGAGUGCUGUACCUCUGAGAAGACUGUGACAUCUGAAAAGGUGAUAUGUUCUACAGAUUGGAAAAACCACUAUAAUUAUAAAGAGAAUAUAAAAAAUAAAGAAGAGGAUUUUCAACAAUUUUUGCCCUCUGAAGAGCAUUUUUCACAAGAAUGUGAGUUAAAAGCAGGCAGCCUAACUGUACUUCCACAACAGGAAGCUGUUAAUUUUUCUGAUUCAGAUAAUAUAAUAGUUUCUGAACAUGUUUCAAAUUAUGAGCAGUGCAUAUAUGGAACUUCUUUUGAUCGCUCAUGUGGCAAUCCUGAGCAUUCUUCCCUGGCUUGUACAAGAACACUUUCAACACAUGAAGGUUCGAAGUUGACUAGCCAUGUGGAGCUUUUCAGAAGGCCUCAGGAUCGUAGCCCCAGCGCACCAAGUCCUGUAACAAAGGAAAUAGAUACAUGUCCUGUGGGAAAGGUGAAUCAGAAAGAAGACACUGAAAGGAGUUACACUGACAAAGCCCAAAAAACAAGUUCCUCAAAUGAGCCUUUGUCCACAGUUGUUCAUUCUCAAGUAAUAGAAACAUCUACAGUUGAAAAGAAGAGACAAGACCUUCUAGAGAGCAAAACCGUGCAUAAUAUAGAUGUUCAUUCCAGUGACAAUAUGAACAAAGAAUUGUCCGGCAUCUCACAACUUAGUCAAAGAGAAGAGAAGGAAAUUUCUCACAAACCAGAUGAGGAGUUAACUAAUAAUAUCAACGGAGACAGAAGCACUGUAAGAAGUUGUGAGGAGAAAAAAGAGAAGGCAGAUUCAGAAAUUUACAUGCGUAUGAAUAUCCAAGAACACAAAAAAGUUCGGAAUUUCAGAAAAAGACAAAGUUUCUCGAAAGCUACCUGCAGCCAAGAAAUGAAAACAGCUGGGAUCAAUAAGAGGAAUGCCAGAGGGGAAAGCCGGCUUCAUUUGGCUGCCAGAAGAGGAAAUUUGUCUCUGGUGAAAGCUCUAAUAGAAUCUGGAGCAGAUGUGAAUCUGCAAGAUAAUGCAGGUUGGACACCACUUCACGAGGCAUCUGGUGAGGGAUGUGAUGAUAUAAUUGUAGAGUUGUUAAAAGCUGGUGCUAAUGUUAAUUGUGAAAAUCUAGAUGGAAUUCUGCCCUUACAUGAUGCUGUUGCAAACAGUCAUUUAAAGGCAGCUGAGAUUCUACUACAGCAUGGAGCAAAUCCUAAUCAAAAGGAUCAAAAACGCAAGACUGCUUUGGAUGAAGCAGAUGACGAAAAGAUGAAAGAGCUGCUGAAAUCUUACGGUGCUGUUGAGACUGAUAAUAGAGAUGAGAGUAAUGCUGUAGUCGCUGUAAAAAUUCCUGCUGUCCGGUCUAAAAGACAUAAACGGUGUUUUUGUGAUGGCUGCAAAACUAUUGAUCUACCUUCUCUUUCACACCAAAAGAAAGCAAGAGAAAGCCUUCCUGUGCGUCAGAUCGUCAGUGCCACUCUACAAGAUAUAGAAGAAAAACAAGAAGACUUAUUAGAGUUUGAAAUAAGAACCCCUGAAGAGGCAGACCAAUACACUGAAAAGAUGUUAGAGAUAAAGGAGGUCGUGGAUAAUGUGCUUGCCGAACAGAAGGCAGAAAGGGAUGAUCUGGCUGAAAAAUACAGGGUGUCCGUAGCAUCAUUUAAGCAGGGAGUCCUGAGAGAACAACUGGCUAGCUUGGCCGCAAGACAGAAGAGCCUUUUGGUUGUGGCAAAGAAACAGAAAAAAAUAAGCGAGAGAAUUCAGAAGUAUCAGGAUGUAGCAUCUUUGUCUGGUCUUAGUUUGAGGAAGCCGUCCAGCUCAGAAAUCUGUAGUGAUAAGGACAGCCAAGAGCUUAUCAGUCCGGAAACUUCAGUGCAGCCUCAGUCAUCUUCCCUUUCUUCUGUCAGCCUUGUUUGUAGACGUGUGCAGGAAACACAGUUGUCUCUGGAAGCGUGGAAUGACAGCCAAAAUACCUGUACUCAUCUCAUUUCAGAGAUGGUGAGAAGGGAAGAAUUUUCUGGAAAUGAGCUGAAUUCUAAAAAAAAGGUCAAAGACUGUACCUUGGAUGGGUUAUCAAAAUCGAGAUAUUCAGAUGGCACUAAGAAGAUUAAAUUACCAUCCCAGCCUGUUGCUUUUUUUGCUCAAGCAGAAUAUUCACAAAAAGAAAAUGACCUUACAGAAACCACAGCCAAAGGGCAUGAAUCCUGUAGUCCUUCAGCAGUAACUGGCACAUUAAAUAUUUCAGAAACCUCAAGUGAAUUUGCCCAAAAUGACACCCAUCCAUCAGCUGUUAUUUGUGAUCAGGCUCUUUCCAAUUGUAAUCCAAAAAGACGAACUAGGAAAACAGCUUCCCAGCAACCACCCAGGGGAGCACCAGAAUCCCUGGUACAUCAAGGAAUUGAUGUCUUAGGCAGUGAAACUGGGCAUCAGAUGAAACCAUAUCUUAAAAAGUCAGCUUUUGCUGUUCCACAUGCAAAUGACAGUCAGAGCCCCUCCUCUGGGUCUGGCCAUCAACAUACUAUAAAAAAGCCCGUGAACUACAGCACAGCUCCUAAAAAGAAAUGUAUGCAGAUAAAGGAUUUGAUAUUACUAGGAAGAAUUAAUCCGGGAAAUAACAUUCUGGAAUUCAAAACACAGGAGACUACCCACAAAGCCAGUGUUCUGUUGAGUGGUAAAAUUAAGGUAGAAAAUGGUCAGAUUUAUCAAAGUCCAGUCACCUGGCUCAAGGAUGUUCUAGGAGGUGAAAGUUAUGUGACCUGGAAUUAUGCUUGGAGUAAGAUUCCCAUUAGUCAAUACCAACAAAUGGUUUUUCUGAAGACAUACGACAAAUGGAUUGAUACUUUCAAAUAAAAUGGAGCCCUAGAAGGAAUACAAAUUCUUGGACACCUCUUUAAUAUUCAAAGGCAGGUUAUGUUUUAUAUUUUUUCUUGAUGCAUAUUAGUACAUAGAGUAUAGAGAAACCUUUGUUACUGCAAUUAAUGACAAUUCAUACUGUACCUUAUUUCUUCAGAUAACUUAUGAAAUAAAGUUAAUUGAUCAUUUCAGUUAGCUCAUUAACUACAUUUCCAGAAUAGUGGCUGGCUGAAUCAUCCGUCUACCCAAAACACACACCCACACACACCCCACACACACCACUUCUUCCCUAAGCAUGAUACUGGGGAAUCAGCAUAGACUGAUUUCUGAGGAAUAAUGUGUUGUAAGAGCUUCAGGGGACGCAUCGGUGGCCUUAGGGUGAAGCACCCGUGCCAUUCUGCCCGUUAGAAAGCAAGGACACAGAGACCUACAGAUCCCUCACCUGUAGCUCCGACUCUUACUCGUUCUCCUCUGGGGAAGGCGGCACCCCAUCAGCUGCCUUUCAUCAGAGAAGGGGUUUGGGUGGUGGAGUUGCUGGGAUCCCUGUAGGCUGUGUCAGCCAAGACCCUAAGAAGCUAGCUACAGCUCUUCCUGCAUGCAUCUGUCAGAGCCUAGCGGCUGAGCUAGAUUUGGAUCCAGUGAGAUUUAAUUCAGGAUGCAGAGCUGGAGUCACAGGUAAGUGUGACGGCUGUUUGCUCUCAUGCUUUAGCCGACUGGAACACAGACACUGUUAUGAAGUGGACACGGACGGUUUCCAGAAGUGACCUAGUGCCUGUUCAUUAUUAUCCUUGUUCAAUAAGUCACUCCUACCUUGUGGAAAAUAGAUUUUUAACUCAGUGGAUUUUCUUAAAACUGUGUUCUUUGUAUGUCUGAAUUACCCCCUAGUGGUAUGUGUAAGACCUAUGGGGACUCAUGACCGCUAAGGCUACUAAGGUACAAUUUAACACCUUGUAUUACCCAGCAGUAACUGAUAAAAGUGUACUUUAAAUCUGACAUGUAGGUAAAAACAUGCUGAGCCUGCAUGUUGAUGAGUGUGCAAGGUGUGUGGGAUAUUGUCAGAGCAUAAUAUGAACAGAAUCCAUUGUUGCUAACUGUUAGUUGAUUAGAGCACGGACAGAUGGCAUUUCGGGGCCUUGCUUCUCCUUCUUCCAUGGCCAGGGAGGAUUGCUUAGCACACGGAGCAUUCCAGGUCUGUGCUAUUUCUAGUCCCAGGUUUUGUUUGGUCAUGGGAUUGAGCCCAAAGGGUCCCACACCUUCCAGAUCCCCUGGGCCUUCCUCAGCCUGUCCAGUAACAAGCAGUUAUUGAGCACUCAGGAUGUGCUAGACAGUAUGCCAGAUCCUCUUCACAUCUUAUCUCUUUUAAUCCUCACAACAACUCAGUAAGCUGGAGGUACUUGUUUUACAAAUGCACAAACUGAGACUUGGAGAAUUUAAGGAUCUUGCUUAAGAGCAGGGACUUCAAAGUUUUUUCCCCAGCAUUGUCAGGCACCGGUGAAGUACUGGGGCCAGCCCGGUGGCGCAGCAAUGAAGUUU